UCUGGCUGACCACACAGAACCACAGCACGCUGGUGACGGAGCGCAGUGCUGUCCCUUUCCUCCCUGUCAACCCCGAGUACUCAGCCACUCGCAACCAGGGCCGGCAGAAGCUGGCCAGGUUCAAUGCCAGGGAGUUUGCCACCUUGCUCAUCGACAUCCUUGGGGAAGCCAAGCGCCGGCAGCAAGGGAAGAGCCUGCUGAGCCCUACAGAUGCCCUUGACUACUCGCUGCGGAGCCAGAGUGACCUGGACGACCAGCACGACUACGACAGCGUUGCCUCUGACGAGGACACAGACCAGGAGCUGCUGCGCAACGCCUCCCGCAACAACCGUGCCAGGAGCAUGGACUCCUCCGACCUCUCCGAUGGCCCCAUCACACUGCAGGAGUACCUGGAGGUGAAGAAGGCUCUGGCUGCCUCCGAGGCCAAGGUGCAGCAGCUGAUGAAGGUGGACAACAGCCUUAUGUGCUGGGGUGGGCGGGAGGUGGAGGACGAGGCUCUGUACUCCAUGCACAUCCCGGCCAGCGUGUACCGGAUGCGGAAAGGUCCAUCUGCCUCCUCAGUGCCCUUUCCCCCAUCCUCUCCACUGCUCUCCUGCCCGCCUGACAGUGCCCGGCACAUGAGCAAGCUGGACCGACACGGCAGUGGCACUGACAGUGACUAUGACAACACGCAGACGGGUGAGGUCCUGAUCAGCAUGGAGGGGAAGAGGUUUGUGGAGCUGAGCAAGGAUGAGGACUUUCCCCAUGAGCUGGACCCACUGGAUGGGGAGCUGGACCCUGGGCUGCCCAGCACCGAGGACGUCAUCCUGAAAACCGAGCAGGUCACUAAAAACAUCCAGGAGCUGCUGCGGGCAGCACAGGAGUCUAAGCACGACAGUGCUGCUGUCACGGCAACGGAGGUAAGUGCUGGCUGCCUCUUGUUGCCAUGGUACCCGGCUGGCUGCGGGGACACCCCCCUAGCAUCCCUGGAAAGGGGCUGGGACAGGACCCCCAAACCAACUCGGGGGACAGAAGUGUGUGGGGGGGGCGUUAAGGCCAGCCGGUCGCUGCGGGAGCUGGAGGAAGCCCUCUUCUGCCAGACCCGGAGCCACCCCACCAGCUGGGAUUCCUACUGGGAGCGCAACGAGCCCCUGCGCGAGGCGGACGAGGCGGCGGUGCCGGUUCUGUGCCUCUGCAGCACCGACGACCCCGUCCGCGGCCCCCCGGUCCCCAGCCUGCCCCUCGAGCUCUUCCCUCCCAGCCCCUACUUCUUCCUGCUGCUGACCCCCCGUGGGGGACACUGCGGGUUCCCCCGCUGCGGAUCGGGGCACUGCUGGGGCCACGAGGCCGUGCUGGAAUACUUCAGGGCCACGGGUGAGUUCCUGGGGGCAGAGGAGAGGAGGAAGGGGCUGCUGCGGCCCCGCAGGUGUGGGGGGCCCAUUGUUGAGCCCCCCGUCUUCACCUGGCAGAGAUCCUACACCCGGUAG